AUGCAUUUGCUUCAGAACUUCCUUCUGCUUUGCACCACUGAUGAUGCCAAAAACUGGAUGCACUUUGCCGGUGCUAUUCAACUGGAAACUCCUCCAACCUUGGCAAAAGGAGAGCUCAUAUUUGCUGCCAGUCAGGCAUCUACUGAGAUGCAUAACAAAGCCAGAAGCAAAAGACAGGCCAAACAAGAUUACCCGUCAACAAUGGCAGCGAUGCUGGUUGAGAGGGACAAUGCGCCAGGCGAGGUUUACUUCAGCAGCUCCGUUAGAGGAUCAGGCGUGAAACAGUUAUACUCCGGCAAAAUUGACGACCGAGCUACAGUCGACUCCCCCGAAAGGAGGAUGGAGGAGAAAUUCGGUGAGAAGAAACACCUCUACGGCGGCAGUUGUGGCGAGUAUGGCGCCUUGCGAGAGUACGACCGUCUCAACCGCGAUCCUGAUUCUUCGACUUUUAAAUGGCCCGACGAGAGUAAAACUACUUUUGUUGCGUGGUUCAAGGGGAAAGUUGUGCCUCCAUGUGGAGGCGAAAAAUGUUCGGAGGAGCAGUUCGGGUGUGCUGAAUUUCUUCAAGCGACCGGAUUCAGGAAUGUAAUCCUCGACGGGGAGCCAGAUGGCAGCACAUGGAGCCAGUGGAAAUUCUCUCAGCUCCAGCCCAUCAAAGACCGUGCUCCUCCUAUCAAGGAUGCAUCUGCUCAGAAUGCACCCGCUACGGACACCUCAUGCUCGACAACUUCAAACUCUCCUUCAUCAGGCAAUUCAAAGCGGUCUAUCAAAGCCAAGUCCUGCACUCGACCAUCUAAAGCACCCAAGGCAGUUACAAAAGGCGGCAAAACUAAGACGACUGUCACAAACAAGACUGUGCAAAAGAAGACUGACACAAGAAAGGAUACGCAGAAAAAGAACGGUCCAAGUAAGAGCGUGCAGAAGAAGAAUGAUCGAGACGCUGCCGUGAAUGGCGGCAAAGGGAACGCUGCAAAGGGUUCAAACUCUAAGAUAACUCCCGGUAAGGCCACAAAAGGGCAAAAGAAUCUUGGGUUUGCUCAGCGACGCGCUAUGAAGAUGUUA